UCAGACAGAAGAGCAUAUCUGAAUAGGUGAAGUUGUGGAGAACUCACUAGCGUUAAAAGAAAUAUGGAUUUACACACCAAAAUGUGGUGUCAGUCUGUCUGUAGACAGUCUUAAAACCCUCUGUGAAGAGAUUUUAUGUUGCAUGCGAAUGGAUAUCCACCUGAGGCUCAGGAGUUUGCUGGUCUGCCAUGGCAGCAAACAGGGCUUAGGCUGCAAGAAGAGGCUGCAAGAAGUUUUUCUAAUGAAACCGCCUGGGGACAAGAGGCUCUAUUGAUCUUAUGUAUUUUAAGGAGUUAAAUAUAAUUACAAGAAGGAACAUGGUAAUAAACACUAAAGGUAAGAGACUUUUCAUGGUGGAUAUAUGGUAGAACUAACUGUGCCCUUCAUCCUGGAAUGAAUGGAAUCAUUUUCUGCACUGAAAUGUUUUGACUCAUAUAGAUGGAGCUGGAUCAUGUAAUUAUCUCCAAAAGUAGCACAAAGAUGGGGCACGUGACAAUUUUUCCAUGUAUUCUGGGAUUCUGUGCACUUCAGGAAUACUAACACAGUAUUACAUGAAUCAAGAGGAUUACUUUUAUUGAAUCAACAUGUCUCUGAACCGAGUCCAUACAACAGACACGGAGCAGUCUGCAGAGUACUCUGUGGAGUACUCGCUGCAGGCUCCCAGUGACCCGGGUCGGACGCGGGAGGUGACCGUGCUCCGGUCGAGCUGCUGCCGCUGCCUGCCGCGCGCAGUGCGCCUCACCUUCACGCCCGAGUCACUGGAGAGACUUUACCAGAGCUACUUCCGCCGCCAGAGACAAGAGAACCUGCAGGUGCUGGCGAUGUUUGCCGCGCUUUUCAACAGCUUCAUCAUCAUCAUGUGUGCGGUGGUGUACACUGAGGACAAACUGGCGAUGGUGGUGGUCGCAGCUGUGGGACUGGCUGCGGACAUUGUCCUCUACCUGCUGUGCUGGUUGCAGAAGCUUCCUGCUUCACCUGUGUUACGCGGAGCGGUACCGUACGUACUGUGGCUGAUGAUCACAAUCCACGUUUUAUGUUACAUGGGGCUGAACAACGAGCGUUUCCCUCAUGCCAGUGACUCAGUGGGCUGGCAGGCCUUCUUCAGUUUCUCCAGCUUCCUGACACUGCCACUGGGCCUGGUGCCUCUCCUGCUGCUCACUGCCCUCUCCUCUGGGAUACACACCCUGGUUUUGGGGGUGAUUGUUGCUCAAAGGUUUGAUGCCAACCUGCAGGGGCCCAUGCUGGUGAGACAGCUUUUGGCCAACAACAUGCUGUACCUGUGUGCGGCCAUAGUGGGUGUGAUGUCCUACUACAUGGCGGACAGGAAGUACAGAACAGCUUUUCUGGAAGCGCGCCAGUCACUAGAGGUCAAACUCACCCUGGAGGAGCAGAGUACCCAGCAGGAGGAAUUAUUACUGUCUAUCCUGCCCAAACACAUCGCUGAUGAGAUGCUGCAGGGCAUGAAGAACGAGGCCAAUCAGAAAGAAGUCCAGCAGCAGCAGUUCAACACUAUGUACAUGUACCGCCAUGAAAACGUCAGUAUCCUGUUUGCUGACAUUGUGGGCUUCACCCAGCUGUCCUCAGCCUGUAGUGCCCAGGAGCUCGUGAAGCUGCUCAAUGAACUGUUUGCACGUUUUGAUAAACUGGCAGCACAACAUCACCAACUGAGGAUUAAGAUUCUUGGCGACUGUUACUAUUGUAUCUGUGGUCUUCCUGACUUCAGAGAGGACCACGCAGCCUGCUCCAUAAUGAUGGGCCUUGCCAUGGUGGAAGCCAUCUCGUAUGUGCGAGACAAGACAAAAACUGACGUGGACAUGCGCGUGGGCGUCCACACGGGCACGGUGCUGGGGGGAGUGCUCGGCCAGAAGAGGUGGCAGUUUGACGUUUGGUCCACAGACGUCACUGUAGCCAAUAAGAUGGAGUCUGGAGGGAUUCCUGGGAGAGUGCAUAUUUCCCAGACCACCAAGGACAGUCUGCACGGAGAAUUUGAACUGGAGCCGGGGAAUGGCGGAGAGAGGUGCGAGUACCUGCUGGAGAAAGGCAUCGACACUUACUUGGUUCUGGUGUCUGAACAGGUGGCGAAUGGGCUCAGUGGAAACAAACCCAGCACACUGACUAACAGAAAUUCAAACAACUUGAUCAACACUACAGCAACCAAUGGGAAUGUGGCCUCACCCCAGUCCACACCCACUGAGUCUAAACAGGAGAGGAAUAAAAUGGUUGAGGAGCAAGUGAUCAACAGGCGACUGCAGCAGGAGCUGCUGGAGAGAGAAACUCAGCAAAUAAUGAAGGAUCAUCAGAUCAACCCUGUGUCGUUGUAUUUUGUGGAUGGAAAGUUGGAGGAGUGUUACUCCUCCGAGAAGGAGAGGCGAAGUGGGGCGGCCUUCUGCUGCUGCAUGAUAGUGCUCUUUUUCAUCACAGCAAUGCAGGUGUUCAUAGACCCACUGUUGGGUGUGAACUAUGUGACUCUCGCAAUAGGAGAGGUUUUGUUGCUAAUCCUCACAGUAUGCUCUCUGGCUGCCAUCUUCCCCAGGAUGUUCUCCAAGAGGUUGGUGUCUUUCUCAGUGUGGAUCGAUCGCACGCGCUGGGCAAGAAACACGUGGGCCAUGGCAGCAAUAUUUGUUCUUACCAUGCCUGUGAUCGCUGACAUGCUAAGUUGUGCACCACCAUCCCUCCGGGUCUUUAACAGCACCUCUGGCCCUGUCCUGGAGUCAUUUGGUGACCAAGGCUGUGUCGAAAACCCAAAGCACUACAGCUUCAUGGCUGUGAUGUCACUCAUCGCAGCCGCCAUGUUGGUACAGGUCAGCCAUCUGAUUAAACUGGGCCUCAUGGUGCUGGUUGUGACAGCAACUGGAGCUGUUAACAUCUACAGCUGGCGGGACAUUUAUGACCUGUAUGACUAUAUACAGUUCGCCUCCUACAGAACAUCUACAGUUCCAUCUAAGUACCUCAUGACCAUUAUGAUUAUCAUCAUGAUGAUCGGCUUCUACUUCUUCGGCCGCCAUCUGGAGCGUCAGUCCAGGAAGCUGUUCCUGUGGAAGAUUGGCGUCCAUGACCAGAAGGAGAGAGUGUUCGAGAUGAGACGCUGGAAUGAAGCUCUGGUCACCAACAUGCUGCCUGAACAUGUGGCCAAACACUUCCUGGGCUCUAAGAAGAGAGAUGAGGAGCUGUACAGUCAGUCCUACGAUGAAAUAGGUGUGAUGUUCGCUUCCAUCCCCAACUUUUCUGACUUCUACACUGAAGAGAGCAUCAACAACGGAGGGCUUGAGUGUCUCAGGAUUCUCAACGAGAUAAUCUCCGACUUUGACAGCCUGCUCGACAGGGACGAGUUCCGUUCCAUCACUAAGAUCAAGACGAUAGGAAGCACCUACAUGGCUGCAUCAGGACUCACCCCAGAGAGCAACACCAAUGGAUACAGCAACCUCAAGCCAGAGGACCAGUCAUCGAUUGAGCGCUGGCAGCACAUCUCUGACCUGGCGGACUUUGCUUUGGCUAUGAAAGUCACCCUCAACAACCUCAACAAACAGUCCUUCAACAACUUCAUGCUCCGAAUCGGUCUGAAUAAGGGAGGAGUUCUGGCUGGAGUGAUUGGAGCUCGUAAACCUCACUAUGACAUCUGGGGCAACACAGUCAAUGUGGCCAGCAGAAUGGAAUCCACUGGAGUGAUGGGUAACAUCCAGGUGGUGGAGGACUGCUAUGACAUCCUUAAGCAGUAUGGCUUCCGUUUUAUCCGAAGAGGGCCCAUAUUUGUCAAAGGGAAAGGGGAGCUGCUAACUUUCUUCAUGAAGGGCAAAGACAAACCCAGUAGCAAUGGCGGUCCAGUGACCACUGCACUUCCACACCAAGUUGGGGACCUUUCUUGACUAUAUUCAUCUGAGGAAACGUCAUUCACACAAGGAUAACCCUGGGCAGAACAUCCAUUUUGCUUAAUUUCUCGCAUAUGCACAGUUUAUUUACCUAGAUCUUUUUCCUACACACUGUAGCAACAUAAAGCAUAGACCAACACAGCAAAAUUCAAUACUAUUAUGAGCAUUACAACUGUGAAAUACCAUUUCACCCACAAGGUAAUUUGAGGACAUAUUUCUGUAUAGUUGUACAUAAUUCAGGAAUACAGUUAAAUAUCUCACAGAGCUCCUGCAUUAAAGAUUUUAUCACUUUGCACUUGAUUUAUAGAGUGCAAUGAGAAUUACAAGCUGGGAACAGACAUAUAAAUUACUUUCUUCUGUUGUUUUACCUCAAACUCAGGUUUUGUAAAAUAAUGUAGGCUGAUGGCACUAUUUAUACUGUGUUAAUAAUAAAAAUGUUUGCACUAAGUUUUUACUUUUUACUAAGUCUAAAGACAGUGCUCAAAUUAUUCUGACUGACAAGAAAGAGAAAAUUAAAAUUUAUGUUUUAAAUGAUGACACCAGCCUCACAUGUAAGAUUUGCAAUUGCAUUAUGUUAUGUUGGAAAAAUAGAAAUUAAUAUCUAUGCCAAACAAUAUUAGAUGUGGUCAUUACUUAUUCAUUCAUUCAGGAAGAUUAGUAAUUAGAAUUAAUUAGUGUGAUCCAAUUAUAAAUGGUGUAAUUAUAAAUACAAUGGAAGUUUCUCUGGUUACUUGUUGUUUGUUUAUUCAUUCACUCAUUGAUUAAUUCAUCCAUUUACACAUAGGCCCUGCUACCAAAACUCAAAACUACUGAAACUGUGACACGUAAUGGAACAUAAACAGCAAUUUGAUUAGUUACACCAGAGCGCUUCCUGCAA